AUGGUGGAGUCGGCACUGGUCGGGCAUUUGCUCGACCCACGCUCCCCAUUGAACGUUGAAAGUUUACUGGAUGCCAUCACCGCUCUUUUGAUUGAUUGUAAAAUUCCUUCUUUGAUGCGUAUUAAAAGCAUAGACAGUUUCAUAAAUAGAUAUCAACAGGUCAUUGAACAGGUAUCGCAGCAGAGGCUGAAAGGCUCAGAUUUUCGGUUGCUAAAAGUGAUAGGCAGAGGUGCAUUCGGUGAGGUGCAGUUGGUGCGCCACACUUUGACAAAUAAUGUCUAUGCAAUGAAGCUUCUCAAUAAAGAUGACAUGGUAAGUAUAUUGAUUAGUUGUUUUUGAAU